GGCUCUUGCAUGUUGAGCGUGCGGCGGGCGGCGCUGGCGGGGCUGGCUCGGGCUGGGGAGGGGGCGCCGGGCCCGGGCUUAGGCCCGGGUCUAGGUCUAGGCCGCGCCUGCAGCGCCCGCCUGUUGCUGCCGCCUGGCAGCGCGGCCCAGCCGGAUCCUCCAGGCUGGAGGGAGGCGGUGACGGCCGCCGUGGGCGCCCUGCAGGCGGGCGGGCUGGUGGCGGUGCCGACGGACACGGUGUACGGCGUGGCGUGCCUGGCCCAGGACUCCGGCGCCGUGCGGAGCAUCUACAGCCUGAAGGGGCGGAACGGGAGGAAGCCGCUGGCCAUCUGCCUCGGGGACGUGGAGCGUCUCUACAGGUACUGCCAGGUGAACGUGCCCGACGAGUUGUUGCGAGACCUGCUUCCAGGGCCCGUGACCUUGGUCUUGCAACGUUCAGAAGAACUAAAUAAAGACUUGAAUCCUUUCACAUCGCUGGUUGGUGUUCGCAUUCCAAACCACCCUUUUAUUCGGGAGUUGGCACGAGCUUGCUCUGGACCACUGGCUUUAACGAGUGCCAACGUCAGCUGUCAGGCGAGCACGCUGACGGUUUCGGAAUUCCAAGACCUGUGGCCUCAGUUGUCCUUAAUCAUCGAUGGAGGCCCAAUAGGGGACGUCCAGAGCCCAGAGUGUCGUUUGGGGUCAACUGUGGUUGACUUAUCGGUGUCGGGGAAAUUCACCAUCAUUCGUCCUGGCUGUGCGCUGGCAUCUACAGUUGAAAUCCUGAGGCAGAAGUAUGGCUUGGUACCAGAAUCGUCUUAAGUCUUCGGACUCUGAGGAGGCUCUGCAGAGCUGGUAAAGCUGGGCACCGUGUGCCCGCGCAUUCAGGAAAUGGGCGUCCAUGGCCUUGUUUAAUAAGGUCGAUGGGUUAUGUCAAGGUUUAAACAAAAGAUUUAAAAAAAAGAUAAAUUAAAAAAACUAGAGCAACAGUUGAUGGGUAUCUGUUAAUUAGCAUCACAUCUGCUCUAGUCUGAGAAUCCAACCCAAAUAUGUAUGCUGACCUCUUUGUGCUGCUGUACCAUUCCCAAAUACCUGUUUUAUUAACAUGACUAGGCCUUUUGAAAUACAGUAAUUUGAACGUUAGACCAGUCUCAGGAUGCGAUGAUGAAGAUGGUGUCUGAUCCACUCUCCCAUAACACUUACUCCAUGUGUUUGUUUAUUGUAUCUGCGCUGAAAGAGAAGCAACGAUGGAAAAGAGGUUCUUCAAGCUUUCAUGAUGUUACAGCUAUGGUGUGCUCUGGCUGGUUUUCUCUGUUCUAAACGGAAUCAAAACCUACUACUGAGAUGAAACUGUAAGUGCUUUUGAAAAUUAACAGUAUUCAAAUGGUCCCUAGUUAGACAAGAGCUGCUCAGAAAGACCUGGCUUCCUCCUAAUAGAAAGAAUGAAAACAAGCCCUUGGCAUGCUGAUCUUCAUUUUUUUAAAUGUGGGCUUCCCUCUCUUGAUUUUGUUCUGAAAACAGUGCUAAGCUGAAGUAAAUAGGGAAUGGAUGA